CUCGCCCUCGCCUUUGGCUCCGCCUCGGCCUUCGUGGCCCCCGCGGCGCAGGCCGCCUCGAGCCAGCUGCGCUCGACGCCCGCCGAGGAGAUCGGCGUCGACCCCGGGCCGUUCGGGAUGACCGGCGCCGUGCCGUCCGGGAAGUUCUGGGAGGAGCAGGACGGCCUCGCGCGCCGCCGCGCCGUGCGAGGCCGAGUCCGCAUCAAUACCGCUAAUUCACGACGACUGGGCCGCUUUUGACGCUCGACGCUCUUCCCGCAGGUCGAGAUCAAGCACGGCCGCAUCUCCAUGAUGGCGUUCCUCGGCAUGAUGGUCCAGGAGCUCGGCAUCACCUUCCCCGGCUCCAUGACCCUUGACGGUCCGGCGCCGCGUCCACGAGUGUCGCCUUCACGCGGAUGGCGUUCUCCAGGGAUCGACGACGCCUCACCGGUCGACGUACCCCACGCAGGCUCCGUCCAGUUCUCGGACAUCCUCAAGGACGGCAUGGGCUUCCCGGCGCUGGAAAACGUGCCCCGGCUCGGCCUCCUCCAGAUCGUCGCCUUCGGCUUCGUGGCCGAGACCGCCGCCAUGCCGGCGACGCAGUACACGGGCGGGCCGCAGAACCUCCCCGGCGGCUACGACGGGUCGAUCGGCACGAUCCCGGGCGGCUACCCGUUCACGAACCAGAUCGAGGACGUGACGGCGCGCAACCGCGCCCUCACGUGCGAGCUCCAGAACGGCCGCGGGGCCAUGCUCGGCACCUUCGGCGCCAUGCUCCACUCGGAGCUCGACUCCUGCCAGCACCACUUCUUCUACCCGAUCACCCACAACUAA